AUGUUGAUUGUUAAGAAGCCAAGGCUUGAAGACCCCCGCUUCAUCUUCCCGGAGAAGCAAACUAUUGGCGUGGCGGACGGAGUCGAUGCCCGUGCCGGUGACUACGCAAGGGAACAGAUGAUGCUGACGGAAGCUACUUCGAGUUUAUUAAUGUUGAAGUACGUAAACUACUAUGGUAUCAUCGACAACAAUAAUUGCCAUGGUCAAGAAACAAAGAGAAACCUGCACGAGAUGGUUUGUGGGUCGGUUUAUCUUCCCAAGGAUGACAAGUUAGGCGAAGACGCUCACUUCAUCUGCCCGGAGAAGCAGAAUAUCGGCGUGGUGGACGGCGUCGGUGGUUGGGCCAAGAAAUGCAUCGACGCGGGUCAUCAGUACGCGAGGGAACUCAUGAACAAUGCCUUUAUCGCCGUCCAUAAUCCGAAUAACAUCAACGUACAGAAAAGAAAAAGAAAGGUCGCGGAUAUGAUCGGAGCCGUUGAUCCAAGAAAAGUGCUGCUGGAAACUGAUGCUAAGACCAAGGAGAAGGGCUCGAACAACAAGGUUGUGUACCAAUCUCCAACUCAACAACGCAGGUUAAACUGUCCAUAUCAGUUGGGGAAUGGCAUCAGCAGUGACCGCCCUGAUUCCGCUUGGGAGGAGUGCAUUCAGACAAUCCCCGGAGACAUCGUAGUGCUUGGGACUGAUGGCUUGCUGGACAACAUGUUUCCAAGUGAGAUUGAGAAGGUUCUCGUACAAGGUGGUGGUGGUGAUCAUGAUCUUGAUCUUGGUUGUGGCGCGUUGGCUUCAAGCAUCGCCAAUCUAGCUCUCUAUAACUCGUUUGAUAAGCACAACAACCCUAGCCCUUUUUCAGAAAACGCUAGAAAGGCUGGGUUCGAGCACAAAGGAGGCAAGAUCGACGACAUUACUGUUAUUGUUGCUCAAGUUGUGGCUUUGUAG